CGUGUGUGUGUUUUCCAGGAAGCGAGUGAAUCCAUCUUGUACUGUAUUCAGUCUGAAUGUGGAUGUACGGUUUGGAGCUGAGGGAAUAAUAAACUCACAUUUUGCACUGCCAGGAAAACAGGAACAGAGCUUGAGCUAGGACAUAUGCUUAAAGAAGUUCUCCUUGGCUCAGAGGUAGGAAGAGGCUCCUUUUGUACCCCAGGAUUAUGUCUUGGCUGCUUGCUAGAACUUGCUUUCCGAAAACUGCCCCCAAAAGCAGACACUCAUCCUGCAAAACCAGAGCAUGGAGCAGGGGGCCUCUGACUGCAUACAUGCCAGAAGCUGCAGCCUUUCCUGGACCAAGGGACCACCAAGGGCUGUACCAGCUGUCUGUGGAACAGACAGACACAUUUUGGGGAGCACUAGGAAGAAGCAGGCUCACAUGGAUCAACCCCUUUCACUGUGUCAGUUCCUGCAACCUACAGCAAGGCCACGUGUCCUGGUUCCUUGGAGGGCAGCUAAAUGUAUCAGUCAAUUGUUUGGAUCGACAUGUCCACAGUGCCCCAAAUAAAGUGGCCUUAAUCUGGGAGAAAGAUGAGCCUGGACAAGAGGACCGAAUUACAUACAGGGAACUGCUGGAGAUGACAUGUCGCCUUGGAAACACUUUGAAACGAGAGGGAGUAAAGAAGGGGGACAGGGUUACCAUCUACAUGCCCCCCUGUCCAAUGGCUGUGGCGAGUAUGUUGGCCUGUGCAAGGAUUGGAGCCAUACACACUGUGGUAUUUGCUGGAUUCAGCUCUGUUGCUUUGGCAGAGAGGAUCCAAGAUGCUCAGUCUGAAACAGUGAUUACAGUGAACCAGGGCUUGCGAGGGGGCAAGGUUAUUGAACUAAAGCAGACAGUGGACCAGGCAGUGCAAUUGUGUCCAAUGGUGAAACGAGUUUUUGUUUCAAUGAGGACAGAAGGAAAGGUUCCCAUGUCAGCCUUGGAUAUUUCACUGGAAGAGGCGAUGAUGAAAGAGGAUGUAACCUGUGAGCCUGUUGCUUUGGAGAGUGAAGAUUUUCUGUUCCUCCUCUACACGUCAGGCAGUACUGGAAAACCCAAAGGAUUAGUCCACUCCCAGGCCGGUUAUUUGCUGUAUACUGCCAUCACACACAAGUAUGUGUUUGAUUACCACGAUGGAGACGUCUUUGGGUGCGUUGCAGAUAUUGGUUGGAUCACAGGGCACAGCUAUGUGGUAUAUGGACCAUUGUGCAAUGGAGGAACCACGGUCCUUUUUGAGAGCACUCCAGUGUAUCCUAAUCCAGGACGUUACUGGGAAACUGUGGAGAGGUUACGAAUAAAUCAGUUCUAUGGAGCCCCUACUGCCAUUCGGCUACUGCUGAGAUAUGGGGAUGGCUGGGUGAAGAAAUAUGACAGAACUUCCCUUAGGAUUCUUGGAUCAGUGGGAGAGCCUAUCAACACAGAAGCUUGGGAAUGGUAUUUCAACGUGGUUGGAGACAGACGGUGCCCAGUAGUUGAUACAUGGUGGCAGACCGAAACAGGAGGCAUCUGUAUUGCUCCUCGUCCUUCAAACCCAGGAGCUGAAAUCCUUCCAGCUGCAGCCAUGAGACCCUUGUUUGGCAUCAGCCCAGCCCUCAUGGAUGACAAGGGAAAUGUCUUAAAACAGAACAAUGUCUCUGGAGCUCUUUGCAUCACGCAGGCGUGGCCGGGUAUGGCAAGGACCAUUUACAAUGACCACCAGAGGUUCUUGGAGACGUACCUGAUGCCUUACCCAGGAUAUUUCUUCACUGGGGAUGGAGCGUAUCGGACAAACAAAGGCUAUUACCAGUUGACAGGCCGCCUGGAUGAUGUCAUCAAUGUCAGUGGACACAGAUUGGGCACUGCUGAGAUAGAAGACAUUGUGAACACCCAUGGUGCCGUAGCAGAGUCAGCUGUGAUUGGAUAUCCUCAUGAGAUCAAAGGAGAAGGAGCCUAUGCAUUCAUUGUUCUGAAGAAAGGCUCUACUCUGUCCCAAGAAAGUUUAGCCUCUGAGCUUCGAGAGCUGGUUUCAGAAAAGAUAGCAAAAUAUGCUGCCCCUGAAUAUGUUCAGGUGGCUCGGCGGCUGCCUAAGACUCGCUCGGGGAAGAUUAUGCGGCGGGUUCUGAAGAAGAUUGUAGAAAACAAAGCCAAUGAGCUAGGGGAUCUGACAACCUUGGAUGACCAUGAGGCGGUGAAGGAGAUCAUUGAGCGACACAAGCAACUUUGGCCAGAAAAGUAGGGCCAGUAGCUCAGAUACUUCACGUGGCUCUGUGCAAGUGAUCUGCAAGCAGCAGUGCCUUGUUCCCCUUCAGCAAUCCUUUACUACAGAGGAAGCUGGCCUAUUCACUAGGAAUGAGAAGCCACCAACAAAGCCACAAAGGUGUAUUCUCCCCAAGAGUUAGGGGGAACAUUUAGUCAACUGGUGAGGGGGAAAAAAGAGUGGGGUACUUAAUACUGGACAUCAGAUUCUUCUUUUUCCCUCAGAAGCCCUCCCAAGCAGGAGAUAUUUGGUAUAAGUAACAGAAAGGCAGGGUUCUGUAUUAUAUACCCCUACAUUCCAACUCAAAAGCCUCCUUGCUGGUACUUGUUUGUCAUCCCAAAUUCGUAUCUUCCUCCAAUUUCAUCACUUGAAGCCUUUGGGAUGGGAGGAAAAUGAGAAUGGGGAAAGCACUGCAAUGGUAGAAAGGGAAGAAAAGUCAGAACAGGAUGCUGUCGGGAAGACUGAUGAUCUAAAAGCUACAGGAGGUCUCACAUUGACCCCUUCUGGAUUUUGGACUUUUAAACCAGUAUAUAACAACAGAGUGGUGCAGAGUGGUUAGCUGCAGUACUGCAGCCCAAGCUCUGCUCACGACCUGAGUUCGAUCCUGGUGGAAGCUGGGAUCAGGUAGCCGGCUCAAGGUUCUCAGCCCUCCAUCCUUCUGAGGUCGGUAAAAUGAGUACCCAGUUUCCUGGGUACUCUUUCCUGACUGGGGAAAGAAAUGGCAAACCACCCUGCAGAAAGUCUGCCAAGAAAACAUCGUGAUGCGACAUCCCCCCAUGGGUCAGUAAUGACUUGGUGCUUGCACAGGGGACUACCUUUACCUUUAUAUGACAACAUACAUUUUCCAAGCUUUACAUCUCAGCUUACUCUUCUCUAACCCAAAUGAGGGCAAGAAUUUUUUUAAAAAAAAGCAAAAAAGACAACACAAAGAGAAAAAAAACCCAAGAAUUCUCUCUAAUCAAUAUGUGUAAGUUGCACAGGUUCUCUGUUAUGCAGAUACACUCUAUAACCAGCAAGCAGCUGAUGUGCCAUCACCUGGUAAGAAUGUCCAUCGGCCUCAAAAGGAGAACUGAGAGAGUUCAAUGAUGUCUUGGUGAGCAUCAGCAUCUGCCGCUACUGCACAC